GAGUGGCACAUGUUUUCCAUCCUUAUGUAGGUAUAGAUUUUAAAAAAUUGUAUUAUAAACAGUAAAAGAAUUUUCCAGUUGUACAUUGCCUUAAACGGUGCUUUACACCAGAAGCAAGAAACAAAAUGGGGCACUUAGAGUCUUGGUUUCCAGUUAUUAUGAACUGCAUCUCCCAUUUCAGCCUCAGCGAAGUUAAUGGUCAUGGAUUGAGAGAACUGCAGUACAGCACACCAUUCCUGAUUGGGGCAGGUGGGUGAGAACAGGAGGAGAGGAAAACAUAAUACCACAAGAGAUGAAUGUUGAUCGGUACUUGUACCACAUGCGUCUCUCUGAUGACGUUCUCCUUGAUUUGAUGGCCCGUUUCCAGGCAGAAAUGGUGAAAGGCCUGGCAAGAGACACCAAUCCAACAGCCACACUAAAAAUGCUGCCAACUUUUGUGCGGUCCAUUCCUGAUGGCACAGAAAAGGGCGAAUUUCUUGCUUUAGACCUUGGGGGCUCCCGAUUCAGAGUCCUAAAGGUCAAAGUGUCUGAAAAUGGGAAGCAAAAUGUUCAAAUGGAGAGUCAAUUCUAUCCAACACCUAAAGAAAUCAUCCAUGGGAGUGGGACAGAUCUGUUUCAGUAUGUAGCUGACUGUCUUGCAGACUUCAUGGAGACGAAGAAUAUAAAGCAUAAGAAAUUUCCUCUUGGCUUUACCCUAUCUUUUCCUUAUAUACAGAGAAAAUUAGAUGAGGGUAUACUGAUUUGUUGGACAAAGCAUUUUAAAGCCAGAGGAGUGCAGCAGACAGAUGUGGUGAAAUCUCUCCAGAAAGCCCUCAGAAAACACCAGGACAUUGAUGUAGAUAUCUUGGCUUUGGUAAAUGACACAGUUGGAACGAUGAUGACCUGUGGAUACGAUGAUCAGCGAUGUGAAGUUGGUGUCAUUAUUGGAACAGGCACAAAUGCUUGCUACAUGGAGGAAAUGAGCAAUAUUGACUUAGUGGAAGGUGAUGAAGGAAGGAUGUGCAUUAAUACCGAAUGGGGAGCCUUUGGAGAUGACACAUCACUGGAUGACAUCAGGACAGAGUUUGACAAGGAGAUUGAUUUGGGCUCUAUCAAUCCUGGAAAACAAUUGUUUGAGAAGAUGAUUAGCGGUUUGUAUUUAGGAGAACUCGUAAGAAUUAUCCUUCUGAAAAUGACAAGGGAAGGUUUGCUUUUCAACGGGAAGUUGUCAACAGCUCUCUGCACCAAGGGCAAGAUUGAGACAAAACACAUUGCUGCCAUGGAAAAGUACAAAGAAGGCCUGAGCAAUACUAAAGAAAUUCUGACGGAACUGGGCCUGGCUCCAUCGGAGGAUGACUGCAUUGCUGUUCAGCAUGUCUGCACCAUUGUUUCAUUUCGCUCAGCAAAUCUCUGUGCUGCAGCUUUGGCAGCGAUACUCACACGCCUCCGUGAAAAUAAAAAGUUGACAAGGCUCCGAACGACAGUAGGAGUUGAUGGCACGCUGUAUAAGACACACCCUCAGUAUGCUAAGCGUCUCCAUAAAGUAGUCAGAAGGCUGGUGCCCAACUGUGACGUUCGAUUUCUGCUGUCUGAGAGUGGCAGUGGGAAGGGGGCUGCGAUGGUAACUGCUGUUGCGUGCAGACUCUUAUCUCAGCGCAAACAGAUCAAUGAGGUCUUGAGCCUCUUCAAAAUAACCAAAGAGAACCUCAUAGGUGUGAAAAACAGAAUGAGGGCAGAACUGGAGUACGGCCUGAAGAAAGAAACACAUCCUACAGCCACUGUGAAAAUGCUGCCCACAUUUGUUUAUGGAACACCCGAUGGAACAGAAAAUGGAAAAUUUCUGGCCCUUGAUCUUGGGGGAACAAAUUUCAGAGUUUUGCUUGUAAAAAUCAGAAGUGGAAGAAGCAAAUCAGUCCGAAUGUACAAUAAAAUCUUUGCCAUUCCUUUGGAAAUUAUGCAGGGAACAGGUGAAGAGCUGUUUGAUCACAUUGUCCAGUGCAUUGCAGACUUUUUGGAGUACAUGGGCAUUAAGGGUGCCCGGCUUCCUCUUGGCUUUACUUUUUCCUUCCCCUGCAGACAAGCAUGUAUUGAUAAGGGAACUCUUGUUGGGUGGACAAAAGGGUUCAAGGCAACAGACUGUGAAGGAGAGGAUGUUGUUGAUAUGCUCAGGGACGCUAUCAAACGAAGGAAUGAAUUCGAUUUGGAUAUUGUAGCAGUGGUAAAUGAUACCGUUGGGACAAUGAUGACAUGUGGCUAUGAAGACCCAAAUUGCGAAAUUGGCCUCAUUGCAGGGACAGGCAGUAAUGUUUGCUACAUGGAAGACAUGCAUAAUAUAGAAAUUGUAGAAGGAGAUGAAGGCAAAAUGUGCAUCAAUACAGAAUGGGGAGGAUUUGGCGACAAUGGCUGCAUAGAUAAUAUCAGGACAAAAUAUGACAAAGAAGUGGAUGAGGGGUCAUUGAAUCCUGGGGAACAGAGGUAUGAGAAAAUGACCAGUGGAAUGUAUCUGGGUGAAAUAGUGAGACAGAUCUUGAUAGACUUGACCAAGCAAGGACUUCUCUUCCGGGGUCAGAUUUCAGAACGGCUGAGAACAAGAGGAAUAUUUGAAACCAAAUUCCUGUCCCAGAUUGAAAGUGACCGGCUUGUCCUACUUCAAGUAAGAAGAAUCUUGCAGCAGCUUGGGCUUGACAGCACUUGUGAUGACAGUAUCAUUGUAAAGGAAGUUUGUGGCUCUGUUUCCAAGAGAGCAGCCCAGCUGUGUGGGGCUGGCCUGGCCGCUAUAGUGGAGAAGAUACGGGACAACAGAAACCUCGAGCACCUAAAAACCACUGUAGGUGUGGAUGGCACCUUAUACAAACUACACCCACACUUUUCUAGGAUCUUGCAAGAAACAGUGAAAGAACUGGCGCCUCAGUGUGAUGUGACAUUCAUGCUGUCUGAAGACGGGAGUGGAAAGGGAGCUGCCUUAAUUACUGCUGUUGCGAAACGAGUGCAUAAUGUUGCUGAAAAUUAAGUGGUCAUGCAGGCAUCUGUGUCCAGCAGUGAUUU